AAAAAAAAAACAUAUUACGUCCUGAAUGUAUAAAACUAAACUGCGUUUCUCCGCCCGGAGAAUUGUUGUGAUGCCUGCGCGUCCCAGAAUGAAGACGGUCCUGGCGACGGCGAGUCUCGCCGACUACGUCACUCGUCGUCUGCGCGAACAUAUGAACGCGUGCACCAGCGUGUGGCUUCGUGUGUCCGGUUUUUCACCAGCUCGAUAUAGCGUAGAGCGACGCGCUCGGACCACAGCGGAACGCCGCGACGUCGGUAAGCGUCGACGUUAAUAAGCGUCGGUGAAUGCAACGCGAAUGAAAUAAUCGACGAUAUCGGUUGACAAGAGAAACGUUAAGGUACAAGGUAAACCGAUCGAUAUGGGUUUGAAGGAUUUCCGGGUAGUAUUUGACAAUCCAGUGAACACGUAUUAUUCUGGACAAACGGUGACGGGUAAUAUCAUCGUCGUCGUGGAUAGCACGAAGAAGGUUCGCGGUAUAAAAGUGAGAAUAAAAGGUGAAGCGAAUACUUCUUGGUCGUACGGUGGAUCCAUGAUGGAAGAAAACUAUCUAUUGAAAAAGAAUGAGUCAUACUAUGUAGAGGAUAUUCUCACAGGUUAUGAAGAAUAUUUUGAAGAAAACUACUACUUGAUUGGAUCUGCUUCGGGCAGUGAAAUAGAAAUACAAUCAGGGGAACACAAAUUUCCAUUCACAUAUACUUUACCGUUAAACCUGCCGUGUAGCUUCGAAUCGGACUUCGGACACGUUCGCUAUACUGUUAAAGCCACGCUGGAUCGACCUUGGAAGUUUGAUCACGAAGUCAAGCGUCCAUUUACAGUCAUCACCCCGUUAGAUUUGAAUAAAGAACCCAGAGCGACUGAAUCCAUUCAGGAAGAAAUGAGCGACACAUUAUUUUGCCUGUAUUGUUGCGACACGUCACCUCUGACCGUAAAUUUUUCGCUACCAGUUCGAGGAUACGUGUCCGGACAAUCGAUGCCGAUAAGAAUAAAUGUCGAGAAUUUGUCAAACGUCGCCGUGAACACCAUCAAGCUCGCUCUUUGUAAGAUUGUGACCUUUCACGCUAACCCACAAAUCGGACACUCACGGUUCGCAUCGGACGCACGCGUGUACAAAAAAGAGGAAUUUGUGAUAUCGGAAAUCAGUAAAGGACCGGUCGAGGCUCGCGGCACCGCCGAUUAUGAGCAACAUCUAGAUAUCCCGCCUUUGCCGCCGUCGAAUUGCCUUGAUAAUUGCAGCAUUAUCGAUAUCGAGUAUAAGUUGAAAGUGAAAGCGUACUCCCGAGGAUGGUAUAAUUGGAACGUAGUUGCCAAGACGCUUAUCUUUGUGGGAACAGUUCCGCUCGCGACUUAUCACGCACCGACUGCCCCACCUGCUGAAACGGAAGGCGAUUCUCCAACCAAGCCACCCGCAGCCGGUUUCGUUAUACCUUCGACGAAUAUGACGUUACCUUUACCGGAAGCCAGUUUGUACCCGACUUUACCUCUGCCGUCCUUCGAGAAGUCUUUAAACAACGCUCGGUAUCUUCGCGAAUUCGAAGAAUCGGAUUACGUUUACGGCCUAAAUAAUUAUUUCGCGCCGAGAUAUCCGGUAUAUAAUUUCGCAACAACGCAAUAACGGGAAGAGCAGAAACAUCUCACUGCGUUGAAAUUAAUUUUUAUAAAAUUAUUGGAUCGCAUAUUUUGCUCUUUUGGCGACAAAAGCUUCAAGAACCCACAAAUCGCAAUUUAAUCGUACUCAGCUUCGAACAGUCAUUUCUAAUCAGCAUAAUGGUUGGAUGUAGUGUAUAAUCAAACGAACAUACGAACAGCGCGCUUUUUAAAAUAAUAUUUAAAUUUUUUUACACUAAUCGAAUGCGGAAGAUCAUAGACAAAACUCUCAUCUGGUCAGUAGCGCAGUUUGCUUAUGGGCUUUUGAGGCUUGAGCCCCUGUGCGCCGCAGCUUCUAUAUAUUCAUAAAAAAAUGUUCCAUUUUCAAUUAUCUCCUUGUUCUUAAGUGUGUUUCGGUAGAAUUUAAUUAAUAUUCAAAAUGUUAAUUAUUUACUGUUUAUUCAUUGGGGGAGGGAGGUCAGACUGAGGCGCUCGAAAAUCACAAGCCCCUGGGCGCAAAUUUUACAAACGCGACCCUGCAUCUGGUGAUACGAUAUAUUUAUUUAUUUGAUUAUAUUUGUAGAAAUAUACAUAUAUUAUCAAUUAUAUAAAUACAUCGUAUUAUAUAAAUACAUCGUAUAGAAAAAGGAUAUAAUCUGUCAGAUUGCAUUAGCAAUCUCGAAAGCGCACACUUUUUAGAGCAACGCCGUUUAUAAACACUCGCGUAAAGAUACACGGUCGGUCUUGCGCUGCGCGUGAACUUGACGCGAGACACUACCGUAUCUCUUGAUAUUGUAAAUGUGAAUGUAUAUUCGCGAUGAUAAGCGAAAUGAAAGAUUAAAGACACCGAAAUACAUGCUUUACGUAAUUAUGAG